UUAAAGGCCUGUUCCCAAGCUUCCAUUUCUCACCAUUACACAAAACCAUCUAAUUAAACAAAUUCUUUCCCUCUUUAAUUUCCCAGCUCACAAUAUGAAGAACUCCGGCGAUUCAACCGUCAUUGACGUGCCCCCGACCGCUGGCAGCAGCAAAAAGAAAGCGGUUGUUUCCACUGCUCCCCGACAAGCCGGCGGAGGGGUGAAGCGGGGGCUCGCCAUCUUUGACUUCGUCCUAAGGCUUGGCGCUUUGGGCGCCGCCUUGGGGGCGGCGGCGUCCAUGGGAACAAGUGAUGAAACUCUCCCUUUCUUCACUCAGUUCUUCCAGUUUGAAGCUAGCUAUGAUGAUCUCCCCACUUUUCAAUUCUUCCUCAUAGCAAUGGGAAUUGUAGCAGGCUACCUGGUUCUCUCGCUACCAUUCUCCAUCGUCUGCAUCGUCCGCCCGGGUGCGGUCGGAAUCCGAUUACUCCUCCUCAUUCUCGACACCGUGGUUCUCACAUUGGCCACGUCAGCCGCCGCCGCAGCAGCCGCCAUAGUGUACCUGGCUCACGACGGCAACACCAGCACCAAUUGGCUGGCGAUCUGCGAUCAGUUCGAAGAUUUCUGCCAGAAAAUUAGCGGAGCAGUGAUCGGCGCUUUCAUCGCCGCCGUUCUCAUGAUGUUCCUCAUCUUGUUAUCUGCUUUCGCCAUCAGAAACACUCACUAAAUCCCGCCGGCGGGACCGGCGGACGUUCACUGGUCCGAUCUCUGUGUUUCUGUUAAAUAUUUCGUAUUGAAGGCCUUUUGGUUGUAAUUUACCUGCUUUUCCCCUCAUUUCUCUCUGUGUCUUGGUUUGGUUGGUCUUGGAAAAUUUGGUUAAAUAUUAAACUGUAAUUUUGUGCUUAAAUACGUUUACUCCUAAUGUA